AGUACCCGUAGAGCUUUUGUGCCGUGUGGAUCAUUUUCUCAGUGCUGUUGCAAUUUUCCAUCAUUUCAUUGUCUACGUGAGGAGCUCCAUGGAUUGACUUUUCCACCAGAGAAUCAUCACAAACUCCAUUUUUUCGAGUUUCUUUCUUGAUUUUUGGCACAUUUUGCCAUGGGAAACGAGUCAAUUUUGGAAUUUUAAAACAUUUUUAUUGGAAAGAAAAGCUGCGGUUAACUGAGAUUUUGCUGAACUUCAAGUGAUUCUCACGGUAUUGUAUUUCUCUCGUUUCUCUCAUGCUUCCCGGAAAGUGCCAAACGAGAGGGAAAUCAAUUGAUGUGCAAUUGAAGAGAUUUUUAAAAAUCACUUUGUGCGGCUGAAGUGCAUUUAAUCGAAUGUGAAUGAAGAAGGAAAUGUGAAAAAGAUCCAUUUCCUCUUGUACAAAAAAAAAACACAAGCUAUCGAGUUGGAAAAACCCACGAGAUCGUAAGUGUGGGUGAAUUAAUGAGUGACUUUAUCGAUUUUAUGCAUAUCGCUAUGCAUCUCGUGGAAGAUUAAAGUGUGUGGAGAAGAAAAAGAGAUAUUUGAAUUUUUGCGUAGGAUUUGUGAAAUUCUGUGAAUGCACAUUUUUCCUCAGUGUCUCGUACUCCUCACGAUACAUACACAAGUGCAUCAUCCGAGCCUUUUCUCUCUCUCUCUCUCUCUUUACAUCUUACCAACACGUUUGGAGCUGAGAAUAAAAUCUCGUGAGAUUUGAGAGUAGGCAGCGCUUUUUUCUUUCUUUCCUGUGUGGAGUGAAAAAAAACAAGACUUGAAAAAUCUUUGGAAGAAGAGAGGAAAAAUUUCGGUGGAUGUAUGAGAGUAGUGGAGCAGCAUUUUGUUGGACUUUCGUGAGAAAUUGGUGGGAGAGGGACAGAUCCAAGUGUCGUUCUUUCAUCAAUGAGGUAGAAAAGAGACAACAAAUGGUGGUGGAAACCAGUUAUGGAUUCAAUAUGGCGGACGAUACACGCAAAAUUCGUGUUGAGGAGCAAUUGAGAAUUAAAAUAGGGGAUGCAAAAGACCUCGUGGGACGCAAUGGGGGUGCAAAUGGAUCAACUGGUGUCCGCGAUGUCUAUUGCACAAUUGCCCUCGAUCAGGAAGAGAUCUGUCGGACGCCAACAAUUGAACGGACUCUAACACCUUUCUUCGGGGAGGAGUAUCAAUUUGAGAUUCCACGGUAUUUCCGGUAUUUGUCGGUAUAUGUGUGGGAUCGGGAUAGGCACCUGAAGCAGGUGAAGGCAGUGGGAAAGGUGGCAAUCCGACGAGAGGAUCUGCAUGAGUACAAUGACAAGGAUUACUGGUUCUCAUUGAGGCCAGUGGAUGCAGAUUCAGAGGUACAGGGAUUGGCACAUAUUCAGGUGACGGUGGACGAUGGUGCGGGGAAUCUGAAGAGAAAGUCGGAUUUUGAUGAUGUGACCAGUAGUGGUGAAUGUGACGAUGAGGCUGGAGAUGAUGAUGAUGAUAGAUAUGAAAGUGAGAGAAAUGUGACACGAAAUGAGAGUCUCAGACAAGCGAUAAGGACAAGCAAUACAUUGACAAAGACAAAGAGCAUCUUUGGACAUACGGAUCUCAGUUUAUGGAGUGGUACACAAUCCAAAAAGACCAGUGUCAAUAUGCUGGACACUCUGAGUCCCUUUCGGGGUGAGAUGAAGGGUCGUGUGGCAGUUAGGAUUGUGGAGUGUGGGAAUUUGGCCAAGAAGAAUGGCAAUUGUGAUCCCUAUGUUGUCCUAUCUGCACUCUAUUCCAACAAUCGUGUAAUUAAGAAGCGUACGAAGAUCCGCAAAAAAACUAUCAAUCCAGUGUUUGAUGAAACUGUGGUAUUUGAUAUGAGUGUUGAUGGGGAUUCGAAGAGUGAUGGGAACAAUGCGUAUACGAUAGUGCCACUCGGUGGAGCAGAUCUCUGUGAGAUCACGGUGGGUGUAUGGCAUAGUGGUGGAAUGGGUGAAGAUGUGUUUCUCGGUCAGGUGAAAUUGCCCUUGCGCGGGCGUCAGGAGCAGAAUGCCAUUCAACCAGAUGCCUGGUACUUCCUUCAACCACGUCCAUCCCAUUCUCGCCCAGUGACAUCAUGUGCCACACCAAAUGGCACAAGACUGAGCUGUAACAGUUCCCUGGGUACCCUUCGGCUGAGGCUCCACUAUGCGGCUGAUCAUGUAUUUCCCCUGGCCACAUACGAUGCCCUGCUCAAUCUUCUGUUGCAGAGUGUAGAACAGCGACCGGUGACAACGACGGCCGUUCACAUUCUCGGUGAAGUGGUGUCCAAUAAGACAGAUGUGGCUCAACCGCUAGUGAGAUUAUUCACAUACAAAAACAAAAUAGCCCCAAUGAUCAAAGCACUGGCUGACUAUGAGAUCUCUAAACUUACGGAUCCCACGACAAUCUUCCGUGGCAAUACUCUGGUGUCCAAGAUGAUGGAUGAAGCAAUGAGACUGACUGGAAUUAAGUAUCUGCAUCAGACACUACGGCCAGUGGUAGAUGAUAUUGUUCAGGAGAAGAAACCGUGCGAAAUUGAUCCGUCACGGCUGAAAGACACCAGUGUCAUCGAUGGUAAUCUGCAGAAUCUGCAGGAGUAUGUGGAGAGAGUGUUCAAUGCCAUCACUACAAGUGCUGUGCGAUGUCCCGCCGUUCUAUGCCAAAUAUUCCAUGAUCUCAAGGAAUCCGCCAAACACUUCUUUCCUGACAAUCGUGAAGUUAGAUACUCAGUUGUGUCUGGAUUCAUCUUUUUGCGUUUCUUCGCACCAGCCAUCCUUGGACCGAAACUCUUUGACUUAACCACCGAACCAUUGGACGAACAAACAAAUCGAACAUUUACGCUCAUAUCAAAGACAAUUCAAUCUCUGGGAAAUUUGGUGAGUUCGAGAUCGGCUCAGCAAUUGUGCAAGGAAGAAUAUACAGGGCAACUGUACAAGGCAUUUUCCACGGAAAAGCACGUGAUGGCCGUAAAGCAUUUCCUCGAGGUUGUUUCAACAGUUGGUGCCAGUUGCGAUGGGAGUAAGGAACAAGAGCCAAUUUUGCUGAAAGAAGGGAUGAUGACAAAGAGAGCUCAAAAUAAGAAACUCUUCUUCAAGCAGAGGAAUUUCAAACAGAGAUAUUUUCGCUUGACCACCCAAUCGCUGAGUUAUUCAAAAUCUAAGGGCCAGAAACCCACCUGUGAUAUACCAUUGUCGGACAUUUUAGCUGUUGAGAGAUUAAAUGAAUGUAGCUUUAAGAUGCAGAAUAUUUUCCAGAUCGUGAGGAAGGAUCGUCCCCUGUACGUUCAAACGGCAAAUUGCGUGGAGGAGAAAGAGUGGGUGGAUCUCUUGCGGAAGAUUUGUCAAUCAAAUGCAGAGCGUCUUGAACACUACCAUCCAUGUGCCUAUAUCAACAACAUGUGGACAUGUUGCAAUUCACGGGAUCAGAAUGCCAAUGGAUGUACGGCUGUGUCUCCAAAGUCUUUUCAAAUGGAACUGGGCACAGCAUUGGAUCCAGCUCGGGAUCUCCAGCGAAUUCAUACACUGAUUAUGACGAAUAUGAAGUGUUUGGAAUCAAUGGGGAAUCCCAUAGCGUACUCGGGGACACCGCAGCAGGUAAGCGAAUUCAUGAUGUGCCACGAGACACUGAAGGCACUCAGGGAGAUCGCAAUAGCCCUCGAUCAUGUUCAUCGCAAUCAUCGCACAAAAUUGGCCAUGGAAGUGAAGUAUGGGAGUCGUCAGGCGCCAAUUGGGGAUGACAACUACCUGCACAUGAGCAAAGGUGGACGUGGUGGAGCCUUCAAAGUCACCUCAGCACCUAGGGAUUCUACCCAAGGUAAUAGCGACGUGGAGUUCAGGACCAUUCGGCCGGGUUUCUUGCGAAGUUGUGAGUAAAGUUGGUGAGGGGUUAUGGGGGGAGUAGAACGGACGAAAAGAGUGUGUGUUUCGGACUCAUAUUCAGUUUUUUUUCGGUGUUGCAAAAUGUGAUAUCUUGUAUAUUUUGAAAAAACAUUCCAAUUAAAUUAUUUUUGUUUUUUUUUAUUUAGUAAAAUAUUAUAGAAUGAGACGGUAAUUAAAAACGAAUUAAAAUAUAAAACGUUUCAGUGUAUAAAAAAAAUACAUUGAAAUAACGUAUUUUCCGCGUAUAAGAAGUAGAAAUGUCCUCUAGUAAGGAUUGUUAGGAAGGAAAAUCCUUUAAGUUUCAAUUUUUAAAAUAGAAAGAAUUAGUUGAAGAAGAUAAUCUACAAUUUAAGACGCAAUGCUCAUUUGACAAGCAAUUAAAAAGUUUCUAUAAAUGAUUAAAUAAAAAUCUUUCGACCAACAUUUUUUCUAGAAAACAAAAAAAAUCUUUUUACGUUAUUUUCUGUUUCACAAAUUGUUUUAAUUACUCUUAAGAAAUAGUGAGUGUUAUUAUUUUUUUUUGUUAAUUGUAGAGUCCUUCUGCAUUGGCAAAAGUCAUGCAUGAUGUGUUAGAGAAAAGAAAAGAAAAAAAUGAACAGAAGAAUGAAACACGUUGAGCAUCUUUUGUGCUCAAAAAAAAAUCAGUGUGUGAUGAACAUUAAUCUCAAUUAAUUAUUCCGUCUGUAGGAAAAAAAUAAAAGAAUGAAAAAGCUACUAAAAACAAAAGUCAAAACAACACGGUGAAUUUAAAAUUAAAACGAGAGCAUUUAUGUAAUAAAUUUAAUAAGUUUAAUGGUAACGAUUCGAACUGUAUAAAUUACAAAACAGAAAAUGCUGAACAAAAAAGAUAAAGAAAAACAAUUGGCACAAAUUUACUGAAAUUAUUAUAGAUUUAAAUAAUUAAAAAAAAAAUAAAGAAAAAUUUAAAUAUUGCCCUUUUUUCGUUAGAAGAAGCGCAAAAAAAUCCCUUAAGUACUGAUUUGAGUACAAAUUUUUUAAUGUUAAUUAAAAGAAAGGAAGAAACUUUCCUCGAUAUGGGAAUAAAAAGAAAAAUUGAUGAGAAAGUAUCAAGUACAAAAUUGCCAUUAAAAACGGAAAAAACAAAUUCAAAGGGCCAAGGAAAAUCCUCUUCUGUUAAAAGAAAAAGAAAAAAAAACAACCUAGAAAAAUUGAAGAAAGGAUUAAGACAAUCAAAUGUUUUUCUUUUUAUCUUUCUUUAAUAACUAUCUGUGUGUGUUUUUCUUUUUUUUUUUGGAAAAAAGUCCUUCUCUUUUCGUUGGAAACAAGUAGAAAAAAUGUUUUAGUAUGUAAGUAACCGUUUACUAAAAAAAAUGAAACAACAAAAAUCAAGAAAUAUUCAAGCAAUGUGUAAUCUCACUUCCUCCCCAAUUUUUAUUAGAUAAAAUAAUGUUAAUGAAUUAAAGAAAAUGAAAUUAUGGAAAUAUAGUCAAAUUUGUGCACACAUGCAUCCUCUUUCUUUUCCGACAUAACUGCUUAAAAUGUAUAAAAUGAAAAAAUGUGUAAAGUAUUGAAAAUUUAUUCAGUUUUCAUUACUUGACACUCAAAUUAAUUUUGACACAUUUCUAUCAACAUUCAGAACUAUUCAUGUAAUUUUAUACCGUUCCACGACUUUUUCACUUAGGAAUAAACAUGUAUUGAUGAGAAACGUAUAAAA